AUGGCUAAUACAAUACACGAAAGAAUCAUUUCCCUCGUUAAAGACGGCAAUCUCACCGACUUGAUUCCGGCUAUUGAGACGGCGAUACAACAGCACCACCUUCCUUCCACCGCCAUCCUCCAGGCCGCAAUUCAAACGAUGCAGCUAGAAGUGCUCGAAUAUCUUCUUCCUCGAUUGUUCCCACAUGAUGAAACCGGCCGGAAGACACCACUAGCAAAUCUGGACCGUAUAGUCAUCCUCGAUUCGCUUAGUCCUGAACGAGUCCCGGCCUUUAAGCUACUCUUCCGGCAUGAUCCGUCGCUAUGCACUAUGUAUCUAGGCCAUAUGGGUCCUCCUCUUGCCUGGGCCGUUCUAGGAAACAAUUUCCCCCUGGUUAGUUUCCUCCUCGCCAACGGCGCGGAUCCUACACAGUGCCAGAUCAAUCAUCGGCCGGCAGUAGCUGUGGUGGCGGCGAUCGGAUCCUGUGAUAUGAUGGAACUACUAGUGGAUCACGGAGCAGCUUUGAAAGGUACAGGUGUACUAUUCGCGGCUGUGCGCAAUCACCGUACUGAUAUGAUAGCUCUCUUGGUGGAGAAGAGGAAGCUGGUCGAUAUUAAUGCUGUUCAGCCGGUGGGGCAGGAGAGGGGUCUCUCUCCGGGGCCUGUCCUUCAUUUGGCUAUUCGACGGAGAGAUGAGAGGAUGACCAGGCUGUUGCAGCAGAGAUUUCACGCAGAUCCCAUGGCCAAGGACUCGGAUGGGAAGACCGCGGUCGACUGGGCCAUGGAGAUUAAGGAUGAGGGAAUUUUAGAUAUCUGUCUAGGCGGAAGAGAGAAAAGUAAAGACUGA